AAGAAGACGUCCGCCGGAAAUACACCAGUUCUCGAGCGGAUGCAGGAAUUCCAAGAUGGAGGACGGGAUUGAUCAUAUGGAAAUGGGGGAGAGUAAAGGUGGAUCAGGUCUCCAGCAGUACUACUUGUCUAAGAUAGAAGAAUUGCAGCUCACAGUUAAUGAAAAAAGUCAGAACCUCAGACGUCUGCAGGCACAGAGAAAUGAACUCAAUGCUAAAGUUCGCCUUCUCCGUGAAGAGCUGCAGUUACUACAGGAACAAGGGUCCUACGUAGGAGAAGUGGUCAGGGUCAUGGACAAAAAGAAAGUCCUGGUUAAGGUGCAUCCAGAAGGAAAAUUUGUUGUGGAUGUGGACAAGAACAUUGACAUCAACGACGUAACUCCAAAUUGUCGAGUAGCUCUGCGUAACGACAGCUACACCCUGCACAAGAUCCUGCCCAACAAAGUGGACCCUUUGGUAUCCCUUAUGAUGGUGGAGAAGGUGCCAGACUCUACAUAUGAAAUGAUUGGUGGCUUGGACAAGCAGAUCAAGGAGAUCAAGGAAGUUAUUGAGCUUCCUGUAAAGCACCCAGAGCUGUUUGAGGCUUUAGGCAUUGCACAGCCAAAGGGUGUGCUACUGUACGGUCCCCCAGGUACAGGAAAGACUUUGCUGGCAAGAGCUGUCGCCCAUCACACUGACUGCACUUUCAUUAGGGUGUCUGGUUCAGAGUUGGUCCAGAAGUUUAUUGGAGAGGGGGCCCGCAUGGUGCGUGAGCUAUUUGUCAUGGCUAGAGAACAUGCUCCCUCGAUCAUCUUUAUGGACGAGAUUGACUCUAUUGGCUCAUCUCGUCUGGAGGGAGGCUCAGGAGGUGACAGCGAGGUGCAGAGAACAAUGUUGGAGCUGCUCAAUCAGCUGGAUGGCUUUGAGGCCACCAAAAACAUCAAGGUCAUCAUGGCCACAAAUCGUAUUGACAUCUUGGACUCUGCUCUACUCAGGCCAGGCAGAAUUGACAGGAAGAUUGAGUUUCCCCCUCCAAAUGAAGAGGCGCGUCUAGACAUCCUGAAGAUCCAUUCCAGGAAGAUGAACCUGACACGCGGCAUUAACCUGCGAAAGAUUGCAGAGCUGAUGCCUGGAGCAUCUGGUGCUGAGGUUAAGGGCGUUUGCACAGAGGCAGGGAUGUACGCUCUGAGAGAGAGGAGAGUUCACGUCACACAGGAAGACUUUGAGAUGGCUGUGGCAAAGGUGAUGCAGAAAGACAGUGAGAAGAACAUGUCGAUUAAGAAGCUGUGGAAGUAAAGGACCUUGUGUAUUGUCGAACACAAUGCAACCACAUGUAUAUUCCUCUUGUUUGAAUUUGGUUUGUAUUAGUCAAGUCAUUCUAAAGUAAAUGGUUUCCCCACUAAAUACUCA